AUGGUCUACACGAAAAUAACCAUUUCCAACAUCAGCAAGCCUGUGGAUGUCAGUCUAGGUAUUCCCAAUGCAACGACACUCUACGACUAUCGACCCUCGCUCUGGUUUAUCGGCAAAUCCGUGGUGGCUCCCAAAGGUUAUCAGACAGAGAGUGAUCGAUGCGGACAAGGUUUUACAAUCAACAAGAUAGGACUUCAGCCAAACGUUCCGCGCGGCUUCACCGCCGUCGAGUACCCGUCUGAAGGCACCGACAUAUUCCGGGGUUUCAGCGAAUCCGACCUCAUAUCUGGCUACGCACUGCUUUCAGCUAACAUCACCGUAUCAGCACCCGGAGAUGUCUACGUCGUGCUCCAGCCAAACGAAUAUCGGCGCGCUCGUACCUGGUUAGCGAUCGGGCAUGACGAGACUCCUGACCCAAACGAGAAAGGACUCGCGGGCGAAGUAGACGAGCAAGCUUGGUUCUCGCCUACCUCCACACCGUUGCCGGGUUCGGCGUGUCAGCCAUGGCGUGAUCUGUAUUAG